UUCUUCAUCACUCAAAAGAAAUCUACUUAAUCAUUUCCUUCAUCUUUGGCUAUUGUCAUGGGGAUUGUAAACAGAUCAUAUUCCAUCUCCAUGGUUAUAUCAAAUAUUAACAAUAUUCGGAUCUGUUACCAGGUAGUCACUUUAAGGUAAAUAUUUUCUUUUUAGGGCAUACCUAAAUUUUCUAGUAAAUGAAACAUUACCCAAUGGACUUUGAUCUUCCAAGUGCAUGUAUCUUCCGGUCGACAUAAACUCCAAUUUGAUUGUUUCCCUUUUGAUAUGAUCACCUACUGCUUGAGAUGUCUUCCCUUCAUAUCUUUAUGAUAUAUUCUGCAUUUUUAAGAUGCGUUGUAAUAACCUCCAGGCUGUAUGAAAUGUAAUAUCCGGUAUUCGGUUCGUGGUUUUCUUCAAGUGUGUUCCUUUUCCCUUCCAGAGGUGAAGGAAAUUCCACAUCCAUAAAGAAAAAUCUUGUUUGCUUUCAGUGAUGUCCUAGACACUGCCUUUGUGAUAAUUUUCUGGAACACCUUUCAUUGUAUUAAUGCAAGGGGGAUCCAUUCAUCUAUUCAUUCAUCAACAACUCCCCCGUGGGGAUCCGCCAUGGGGCGUGCGUAUUCUACCGUGACAAUAACGACUUGGGAUUUUAAUAUUUUCUAAUGGGAUUCAAGCUGUCCUUGUUUCACAAGAACCGGGAUUGUUUGAUACAUAAUCCACUGUAUCUAUCUAUCUAUUUUCUGAGCAUGCCAAGUGCUUGAUAAAAGGCCAAAUGCUCUGUACUUAUCACCGACGCACACAACCCUCACGCAUCAUUAUCCUAGCCAACGUUCACUCUCCCGUCAGAUCUCUUGUGACUGAACCUUUUCGUGAGAAAGUGAGAAUCACCUCGCCAUGAACAUUAUUCAGAGCAAAACUCCGGAUUUACGGAUGCUGUCUUGUCAGGAGACACAAACGACACAUCACUGAUGAUUUCUCUCUCUCUCACUCUCACCCAGUCACGUUGUAGCCAAUCUCUUAUUUGGAGAAAUGUCUUCAUUUUAGUGUGUCAUCAAAUCCGCGUUUGAUGUCAAUAAACUUGGCCUACGUUGUGACGUCUUUUAGGAAUAAAGCAGGAAUGUCGCUGGAUUCCACUGAAAUGUCUAACCUCAGGUGGUUCUACUGAUUGGUCAUAUUACAUUGACAUCAAGGAUUAUCAGCUUCAAAUGUCCGUCUCCUUUGAAUUUGAGUUUGAAGUUGGAAUUGGAAACACCAAUCUUUCUAUCAGUGGCAGCCUGACCAGUGGACAUAUCUGAUUGUUUAUCAGAAAUCACCGGUGAAUAUAUUUCUGAUUUUGUAAAAGAAAAAAAGGCUCGCUGUUGAAACUUGCAACAUGGCGAAUUUAAAGAGCCCAACGUUUGGUUAUCGUGUGCUUAAAAUUCGCAAGUUAUCUGAGCCGGUCUUCAGCUUUGAUGUUGAAAAUGGUCCAUCACCGAGCAGAAGCCCUGGCUUGGAGGCGGCGAGCCCGUCUUCGGGCCUGGUGCUCAACUUUCCCCAACGGAGGGAGUCCUUCCUCUAUCGCUCGGACAGCGAGUUUGACCUCUCACCAAAGUCCAUGUCCAGAAAUUCUUCCAUUACAAGUGAAUCACAUGCACAAGAAGACAUUAUCGUCACACCAUUCGCCCAGAUCCUUGCCAGUUUACGAAAUGUACGGAAGAACUAUGUCAACCUUACGGGUCUAUCUCAAAGCGCACCAAGCACCAGGCAAUCUCCAAGAAGUACUCAGGCAAACAAGCAGUCAUCGACGCAAUCGUCGACCGGGUCAUCGACAGAAGAGAAUACGUCCAAGAUGGCGACAGACACGUUAGAAGAGCUAGACUGGUGUUUAGACCAAUUAGAAACCAUGCAAACACAUCGGUCAGUUAGCGACAUGGCAACAAGCAAGUUCAAACGGAUGUUAAAUCGAGAGCUGUCAGCCUUCUCGGAAACAAGUAAAUCAGGAAACCAGAUCUCAGAAUACCUCUAUAACACCUUUCUCGACAAGCAACAAGAAGUUGAUCAGCCAUUACCGUUGUCGGCAAGGGAACUGGCGCCCUCGCCGUCGCCGCUCAGCAAGGCACCGGCGUCCAAGAAGCUCCUGAAAGCCAACGAGCUGAUGAAGAUCAAGGGAGUGAAUACGUCUAUCGUCAACAAGACCAGGCACAACAAUAACGUGAUCAGCAACGAAUUAGUCAAGAAGUUUGGUGUGCCUGUUAAGAAAGAAAAAGAGGAAGAACUUGAUAAGGAGUUGAGGUUACUUGAUUCAUGGAGCAUUAGUAUAUUCAAGAUUGAUGAAAUCACGAACCACAGACCCCUCACAGCAAUCAUCUACAGAUUAUUUGAGGAUCGAGGUUUAUUAAAGACAUUUCAAAUUCCAGAGAGGACAUUCUUGAUAUACAUGAUGACGUUAGAAGACCACUAUCACAGAGAAGUGAUAUACCACAAUCAAAUUCAUGCAGCUGAUGUCGUUCACUCUACACAUUUUCUCUUAUCAGCUCCGGCACUGGAGAAUGUGUUUACAGAUCUAGAGAUAAUGGCCGCUUUGUUUUCAGCAGCAAUACAUGAUGUCCAUCACCCAGGUCUGAACAAUCAAUUCCUGUGUAAUACAAGCGCAGAACUAGCAAUACUCUACAACGAUGUCUCUGUCUUAGAGAAUCACUCCCUUGCCGUCGCCUUCAAACUCCUCCAGGAGGAGAACUGCAAUAUCUUUGAGAAUCUCACAAAGAAACAGCACCAAACCCUCAGGAAAAUGUCCAUCGAUAUGGUACUUGCAACAGACAUGUCAAAGCACAUGAGCUUACUGGCUGACUUGAAGACCAUGGUUGAAACCAAGAAAGUGGCUGGCUCAGGGGUCUUAUUAUUAGACAACUACACGGAUAGGAUACAGGUGCUGAAGAAUCUAGUCCAUUGUGCUGACGUAGCGAACCCCAGCAAACCUCUCCAUAUCUACACCCAGUGGACGUCAAUGCUUAUGGAAGAAUUCUUCAGACAGGGUGACCUAGAACGAGAGAAAGGAGCAGAGAUCAGUCCCAUGAUGGACAGAGAGAAUGCAUCCAUUGAAAAAUCACAGGUUGGUUUCAUAGACUUCAUCUUGCAUCCCCUGUGGGAGACUUGGGCCGACCUGGUCUACCCCGACGCCCAGGAGAUCCUGGACCACCUGGAGGAGAACAGGAACUGGUACCAGAGCCAGAUCCGAGAGAGUCCCUCGCCCAACCCCAGCAAGGACGGCUCCAACGAGACCAAGACCAAUGGUGAUGACCUCCAUGAUCUUACGCUGGAGGACCUUGAAGAGAAGGACGGAGACGAAGGCAUCCAGGAUCACACGCCCACGCACCGGUCAAACCUGUUGCAGAGGAACCCCAAGGUGGACGAUGGCAGCAGUGUGGAAGCGGUCAAUGCCAAGAAUGCAAGGAGCAGGGGGAAGGACGGUGAAGUGUUCAAAUUCUCAAAACUCACCAUCAAAGACUCCAAGGAGACGGAUCUAUAGUACACUCUGACCCACCGUGGGGGGAUAGGACCUUCCGUUUUGUAUCACCUCAGUGCGGCGGAAAUGGGAUCAUGCAGGAAAUUGAUGACGGUCUUAAGUAUCGUGCAUAGCCAGGAUAUGGGAUUGCAAGAAUGCAA